CAAAGUUUGAAAGUUUUUAAUUUUCAUAAACAAAACUAUCAGAAAACAGAAGACAUGGAAAACACAUGGGUCUAAAGUUUCGGCCGCCGAUCUUGAUUAUUUCUAGGAAUUGAAACAACAACUGGUCUGUUUUGAAUUCAAAAUUGGUCAAGAUGGACGUGGGCACGUCCCGAUUUUUGGAGAGCCGCAUCGAGGAGAUCCGUGAGCUGAGCCAGCGCAUCAAUGCCGUUCGACCGAUGCUCCCUUUCCAGCGACUGCCCCGGCACAUGAAACGUCGCGUAAUGGGACACACGUCCAAACGCAUCCCUCGCUCCAUCCUGGAGCAGCACCUAAAGCAGCAGGCCAAGGGUGGGCUGCCAAAAAAAAUGAAGAUGCCCAGCAGGAGGCACCGGCGCCGUCCUAAAAACGCUCGGGCCGAGUUUGAACGCCGCCAGGAGGGCAAGAGUCGAUGGCUCGAGACGCACCUGUGGCACGCCAAGAGGUUCCAUAUGAUGGACAAGUGGGGCUUCAAGUUGGCUCAUUUUCCCAAUGACAAGAGCUGGAGGGCCUGCUGGCGCGCUGCCACCAGUCACUGCCUCAUGUUCGACCUUUCGUAUUGGACUUGCAUUGAAAUUGUAGGAGAGGAGAAAAAUUUAAUCAAUAUUCUAAAAAGAGCGACUCAUGAGAGCUGCGAGGCCAAUGUCUGUGAUGCGGAAGUCCUCCAGGGAAAAAAGGAAGGUCAGCUUGUCCUGUUCAAGGAAGGAGAGUGGCCAACAGGUUGCUUAGGAUGUGUGAAAGUCAUGUGGAAGCCAAUCAACGGAGAAGAACCAAGGCGAAUUUGGCUCUGGAGUCACCCUGGAGCUGCCGACUUGAUCUUAAAAAAUUUGAAAGAAAUUAUUGGAGAAGGACAAGAAAUUUCAGCUUAUGUCUGUGAUGGAGAGAUGAAUAGAUUUCGACUAGUUGGCCCUCUUGCAAUGCCUGUUCUCAGGGACUCCCUCAUGCCCUAUGAAAGUAACAACCUCCCUGACUGGCUGGACCAGGACCUCAUUCAGAAGCAGUCGGAAGUGUGGCAGCAUCUCAGGAACUCGUCGAAUUCCACUGCAGGCAGCAUUUUUGGCCUGACCGUAAACUCAGUCUCCAGCAAACUAAUACCCAAGAGGAAAAAGUCGCUCAAGAGAGAUGAUGCCAUGGAGACGGACGAGACUUGUGAAAGUACCGAUUCGCAAUUGUGGAUUCAGGAAGUAAGGAGUAACGUUUCAUCAUCAGCUGAUCUGCCAGCCCCCAUCAUCUUAGUCAACCAUCCUGCUCCAAAUGAAAAGCAUGGCGGUGGCUGGGACGUGAUAACUCCCAAGAAACACGGGAUCCAGUUGUGGCUGCGGAUGAUCAAGUGUGGGGCUCGAGUGGGUGCUCUUCGAGAAUUGCAGAUGAUUAACUGGAACUUGUUGAAUCUGGAGGAUCUGUGCUUUUAUCCCGACACAAUUUUAGGACAAGAAGAGGAGGAAGGAAAAAGCAAGCAGGAGAGGAUUAAAUUUGAAGCCCUGCCCCCAGCAAAGAGAAUUGGGGUUCCCUGGUUUUCGCUCCCAUGGCAGCAACUGCUGAACGAAUGGGCCCUGACCAAAGGUGGACAAUUUUUUGUCCUCAGAGACUCAUUUCAACUAAAAAUCGCCUCAAAUCUUUUGGAUAAAGAUGCCGAUGGAAAGCUGGAAAGUUUUGAGGUUUCUGAAGGUCUGGUAGCCAUUCUUGUGUGCUUAGAGGAUGGCGGAUCAUUAGAAAGAGGGACGGUUGUGUGCCUUCCUCACAGUUCCGAAGACCUUUUGAAGUCGCAGGAAGAGGAUGCUAAACUCAGAAAUUUGCAGAGACAACUCCAGCCAGAAGAUGGUGUAAAGGUCAGUGAAAUUUACUCAAGGAAAGUGGCAGGUUUUGUUGUGGAGGGUGGGUUUAGUUUUCAUCGGGGUUGCCACGCUGGGGUGGCUUUUGUCUCAAGUGCGGCGCUGAAGGAACUUUUUGCAACGGUCGAGUGGAAUGGACAUUUGCAAAUGAUUGUUAUCAGCAAACGAUGCCCAUUGUACAAACGAGCAAGUGUGAGAAUAGUUUAGACAAGAAUAUUAAAAAAGAAAAUAUGGAUAAU